AUCCAACCAUGAUGCUGAAUCACCGGAGCGCGGCCAAGUCCGCCGCCAACAAGCGCGCAUUGGAGGAAGCCGCGGCGGAAGAAACAGUGGAGCAUACGCAGAAGAAGGCCAAAGUCAUGGACGCGUCAACGUUUGCCGAGUUCGACUUGAGCGAGCACAUGCCUCCGUCCGGGGUCCACGUCGCCCAUUUGUUUUCAUCGCUCGAGUUCAGCUUGACCACCAUGGCGCUGUACCAUCGAACAGCCAGCUUCCCGUUGGUCAAGGCCGCUGUCGAGUCGUCGUGCAAGUGCUCGUUUUCCACGUCGGACCUUGCGCGAAUCAUCACAAUCUACCCCGAAGCGUACGAGUGUUCCUUUACCAAGCCCACGGACAAGCUCACGCGGCCAGAACUGUGUCUGAAACCCACGUCCACAUCGUUUCAAACGCGGAUGACCGUGUUUUGCAACAACCUGAACAAGCUCCUGGUGUCGCAAUUGGCCACAGCAGCAGCGAACAAAACGUCCGAAACCCUGGAUUUGGACAUUCCCGAGGCGACGUUACCUUCAGUAGAGGACGCGUUGGGUCCGACGCCACUGGCGCAGCUUCGAGCGCAGGAACGUCGACAUGCAGCAGCCUUAACCCCUUUGGAACAAGCCAAUUACUUGGCCAAACCAGUGCCCAAGGAACUGCAAGGACUCCCAGCUUGGCUGGUUCAAAAGGUUCGAACGGCCGAGUGGCAUAAAACUGCUCUGACUCAAAAAGUGGACAGCGCCGAUCGGUUGAUCGCCACAUUGCCCACACUGUGCGACCAAAUUCAAGCGUAUGUGUCGUUUACUGGCAAGUCUGCGUUUGAAUUGGAUGUGCUUGUGACUCACCUGAACAAGGCGCCGGUUCCAGAGAAAGUCAAAGCUCAAAUUACGCUGUUGGCUGAAAUGCUGCCGUUUUGGCUCACGCUGGUGCAGCAUGACAAGACCCACGUCGUCCGGUUGAAUGCCAAGCAAAGCUACCGCGUCGUCAAGCAAAUUCUGAUGCAAAAGGUGGCGAUAACGUCACCGCCAUAAGCUAAAAUUAAGCAAAAAGUGCUUUAGGGCCUGUUCCAAAUAGAAACUGUAUUUUAACAAGGGGUCCCAAGGGAAGUUUCCG